UGGUUGUUGUUGUUGCAGGUGUGGUGUGACCAGACGACCAAUGGUGGCGGAUGGACGGUGUUGCUCUCCAGAAUGGAGCUCAACCCCCAGCUCGACUUCGACAAGAACUGGGCCGACUACAAGAUGAGCUUCGGUGAUCCCUCUUCCGAGUUCUGGAUCGGUCUGGACGCCCUCCACGUGAUGACCAGGCUCAGAGACCAUGAACUUCGUGUCAACAUCACCGACUGGAAAAACAACUCUGCUUGGGCCGAGUGGAAAGAGUUCAGUGUGGCCGGGGAAAGCGAGAAGUACAAACUGAAGGUGGUGCGCUACACCAGCAACUCCCAGGCUGGAGAUGCCCUAAAGUGGCACAACGGCAUGAAGUUCUCCACCCCAGACCGUGACAACGAUGUUCUCCUGGGUGGCCACUGUGCCAAGAGGAAUUCCGGUGGUUGGUGGUAUCGGGGUUACCGUGGCUGUUACCAGGCCCAUCCAACUGGUAGGUACCAGAAAAAUCCUGGUGACCCACCCAAAACAUCGGUAGAAUCCCGUAACUUUGAACUAGGACCUGUGCUGGUGUGGCAAAAUUGGCGUGGAGAGAGCUACUACCCGAAGACCCUCUUUAUGAUGUUCCGGCCGGCCCUGAACUAAAAGAAAUCCCUUGUAUGGGCAAUGGUGCAUUCACUCCCUGAUCAGUCAUUGCUGAGGUUCUUGGUCAUGUGAUUAAAUUUUACUUCCAGAACAAUAUCUACAUUUUGAUUUACAGAAGGGUUACAGAGGAACAGAGCAGACCUGGGUUCUACCCUAUAUUACUGUUAUUCAACAAGCAUUAAUAUCAGUUGGUUUUAGGUAACCGAUUUCUUGGAUAAUUUUGUGGAAAUAUUUUGGAUCCAUAAACAAUCGUAGCCACCUAAUGAGACAAUAAAAUACAUAAUUAAAAAAUUUAACAUGCAUAUUAGUUGAUUCGUGGUGUGUACCCUUGUUAUAACUUUAUCAGCACAAAGGUUUUCAAAUGUGAAUGAGGCAGAGAUGGGAGUGUAAGAUACACAAUAGUAAUUAUUUUUUCUUAUGACACCAAAGAUGGAUAUUUUUUCAGCAUGUCCCUGUUCAAAGGCACUGGCAUUUGACUGGAUCAAAAUAUAAGCAAAAUGGAGUACAGUAUGUUGGGUUAUAUCUUGAAUGUUCUUCCUAUGAUUUGAGACACAGCAGAUCACUUAGUUAAGGCAUUCUGCCUGAUGUGCCAAAUGUAAACUGGAAUUUUUGUUCAGAUGUCAAGCUAUUCAUAAAGAUUGUGGUCUCUAAAUCAUCAAAAGCGAAUAUUAAUGAAAUGGGCAUGACAGGUGGGAAUAGAGAUGAACAACAACUGCUAUGAAUAUUCAUGUCCUUCCUGAGGAGGUAAUUCAAUAUGCAGAAUCAAACAAGAAUUUCUUAAAAAUAAACAUAAUUAGCUAAAGAGAACACCCAUUCUAAAUAAGAACAAUUCUCUUUACCAUUAAGGCCCAUUGUCAUGUCUCUGUACUGCCGUGUAUCUGUUGUGGUAGGGUUAUUGUAGUCAUUAGCAUAUGUAGGACCUUCUCAGUAUUCUUGAACAAAUCUCAUUAGCCUCCAUUUCAGAUUAUAGCAAUCACAUUUUUUUCAAUAAUAUGACAUUUACACAGUAUCACAUUCUCCAUGAUACCAGAGUUAAAAGACAUUUAAGUUUCAUCUUGAUGUAUUUUAAUCUACAUUUGCAAUCUGCACUAAAUGAUAAAUUUCUUGCGCUCAAAUUCUUCCUUACAUGGGGUCAGUCCUAUCAUAAAAAUGUUUCUAUCUAGCCCUGAUAUUGGUUCGUGUAGCUUGAAAACUUUUAAAAGCUAAUGGUUAUGUUAUUGGUUAGUCAACAUUUCAGACUAGAUUUCACCAGCAAGUGAAGUUCUUUCAUAACCAAUGUUUACUUCAUGUUCACUGCAGUGGUACUGUGCAAAGUUUCUUCUUCUGCAUUCAUCAUAUUAGGAGUAUGAAGAGAUUGAGGUCAUCAGCUCCUGGUUGAGCAGAUGAGUUCUGGUAAAAUCUGUCACAAUUAUAGCUCACUAUUGUGGUACAUUAGCAAACUUUUGUAACUUUCCCGAAAGUAUGACUAAUUGAGGGAAUGUGUACUAAAGGCAAGGGUAGCACUCCUCUCAUUCAUUGUUUCAUCUCAAAACUAUUUUUUCACCAGGAGGAAAUCUGACGGUCAAGUCCUCAAAAAUCUCAUAAUGAAUCACUUUUAAACACAGUCCAUGGAAUAACUUUAUAAACAGAAGCACUUGUUAUCUAACUGGUCUUCAUCUCUGAUUUGUAAAUGUUGUGUCACUGUCUACCCGAGUGUCUCCUACAUGUAAUCAUGUUAUGGACAGCAAAAUCCUAGCCAGAAUUAAUUAUAAUGUAAAAGUACAAGGUAAUCAGCAGCAUUGACUGCUCUAAAACACUGAGAUUACUAGGAGGAUGAGAUUGUAUGUAGGAAUAUUUAUCAAAAUAUUAAUUUCUUUAUCUCAAAACUGUUAACUUUGAUCAAAGAUUCAGUUAGUACAUGCAUGACAUAUUAGGAAAUACAUAAUACAGUAAUCCUACAGGUAGUUAAUUUAGUCUUUAUUCUUGUGUCUACCUUCUUCUUAUUAGAGUACUGCCAAAGAUGCAGUUCAUUUUAGUAGUUGAGUUUUAAACGAAUGUAGAUAAUUUAGCUGUGGACACUGACUCUGUCAUCCUGUGUGUGUGUGGGAAUUUUGUUCUAUUGCCAGUAGUCUCAAACUACUAUUCUAUAAAUUACAUCAUGUAUUUUUUGUCCUAUUUGAUAAUGGCAUGAAUUAUAAAAAACAUUUAGUCUUUGUCCACAUCAAACUAUCAAUUUAUUGUCAAUAAUGGGUUACUUGGGGACACAACGUACUUGGUUCUACUAAAAAAUUAUUAUAUCCAAGUAUAUUUUAGUCUAAAGUUAAAUACAGUACCAUAUUUAUCAAACUUGGGUGGACAUAACCCAUUAUUAGCAACUGUCACAUUAUAUUUACAGUUACUGUAGUUAUUAAAUUCACUACAGUGUAUAGCGAUUGUUACAUCUUUUGUCUUAAGAAUCCUUUGCACAUAGAACUCUUAGUAAUAUUUAAUUAAUAAUAAUAAUAAUUAAUAAUGCAUUGUAUUUUCAUAGAUAUGGAACAGUAUUGUCUCUUUGAAAACAUCAAAAAACACUGACAAUUUGGAUCAAAUAACUGUACAAUGCAUCCAUGAUGGAGCAAAUAACAGAAGCCAAACAUGUGUGCCAAAAAUUAAUUCUAACUGUAUGACUUACUGUAGGCCUUAAAUUGUAGUCUGUCUUGUGAAUAAACUUUAUACUUAAAAAAUA